CCACGGAUCCGCCGACUACGAGGUGGUGGAGAGAAGGCCAGAUUACGACAGACAUCUCGUGGAAAGAUGCUCCCCAGAGACCGUAUCAACACAUUGCUAGACUCUGGGUCUCCAUUCCUGGAACUGUCGCAGUUGGCCGGCUAUGAACUGUAUGGCAAUGAAGAGGUCCCAGCUGGUGGCAUCAUCUGUGGCAUAGGACGUGUCUCUGGUGUCGAGUGCAUGAUUGUUGCCAAUGACCCCACAGUGAAAGGCGGCUCGUAUUACCCCAUUACAGUGAAGAAACAUGUCCGAGCACAAGAGAUAGCACAACAGAAUCGCCUGCCCUGCAUAUACCUAGUGGAUUCCGGUGGUGCCAACCUCCCUCGUCAGGCCAAUGUGUUUCCAGACCGAGACCAUUUCGGGCGGAUCUUCUUCAACCAAGCCAACAUGUCUUCACUAGGAAUUCCACAGAUUGCCAUAGUCCUGGGAAGCUGUACGGCUGGGGGUGCCUACGUCCCCGCCAUGGCUGAUGAGAGCGUCAUUGUGCGUAAACAGGGCACAAUAUUUUUGGCUGGCCCACCCUUGGUGAAAGCGGCCACGGGAGAGGAAGUCUCCGCAGAAAACCUGGGUGGAGCAGAUUUGCAUUGUGGAAAGUCUGGUGUGACUGACCACUAUGCCCAAGAUGAUGGCCAUGCCCUACACAUUGCUCGCCGGAUUGUCUCCAACUUGAAUUACGUGAAGAAGCCUAAUGUGACCAUCACUGAGGUAGAGGAGCCUGUCCAUCCGGCUGACGAACUCUACGGACUUGUGGGUAGUAAUUUGAAGAAGAGUUUUGAUGUCAGAGAGGUGAUUGCCAGAACAGUGGAUGGAAGUAGGUUCGAUGAGUUCAAGUCCAUGUAUGGUGAUUCCAUUGUCACUGGUUUUGCACGUAUCUGGGGUUAUCCAGUUGGAAUCCUUGGAAAUAAUGGAGUCCUUUUUUCAGAAUCAGCCCUAAAGGCAACACAUUUCAUUGAGCUCUGCUGCCAGAGAGGUAUCCCACUCUUGUUCUUACAGAAUAUCACAGGUUUCAUGGUCGGCCGUGAAGCAGAGAUUGGAGGAAUUGCCAAAAACGGUGCCAAGAUGGUAACAGCAGUCGCCUGUGCCAAAGUACCCAAAAUUACUGUUAUAAUUGGCGGCAGUUAUGGCGCAGGAAAUUAUGGAAUGUGUGGACGAGCUUACAGCCCUCGUUUCCUCUACAUGUGGCCCAACGCCCGCAUCUCGGUGAUGGGAGGAGAACAAGCCGCCAACGUCCUGGCACAGAUUACAAGAGAACAGAAGAAGCGGGAGGGCAAAGAGUGGUCAACAGAAGAAGAAGAGGCCCUGAAAGCACCUGUGAUUCAAAAAUAUGAAGCUGAGGGCAGCCCUUACUUUUCCAGCGCAAGACUCUGGGACGAUGGUGUGAUAGAUCCAGUGGACACUCGAACCGUAAUUGGUCUCAGCCUAAGUGCAGCUCUCAACUCUCCAGUCAUGCCAACCAACUUCGGAAUCUUCCGGAUGUAAAUUUUAUAUUUCAGGAAAAAAAAAUGAAGAAACAAAACCUACAAAAAAUUUUAAAAAAGGAAGAGACACAAAUGAGUGUAUGUUUGUGUGUAUGUGUAUAUAUAGAUAUGUGUGUGUGUGUUGAUGCAGUA